ACUACAACGAGAUAUUUUAAUUUAGCAACGCUAUUGUUUAAAGAAUUAGCAAAUAAAACUUUCAAUUCGAAACACGUUCUUAGAAAGACGAAUAAGGUAUUUAAAAUUAACAAAGAUAUUGACCAAUGCUAUUCUUUAAACAAGUAAUUAAACGCUGAGGCGUUAACCGUAUGAGGAAACGAUCGGCGGAUUGCCUCACAAACAAGCGAAGCAGAUCAGCAUUCAAGGAAAAGCAGACGUUGCUAACCUAGAUACUGAUCUGUAUAAAAGAAGGUGACUCGAUUGUCACCACGGGUUUUUAAGUUUGAUCUAAGCACGAGCUGCACGUCGGUAUCGCGAACUCCGAGUUCGUAUCUUACGCGAUCGUAACGACUGUGAGGAAGCCGUUAAAUAAAGUGUACGCGAGUGCUAAGUGAAUAAAGAUAUUUUAUUUCUCAUUGAACAUCGUUCAAUAAUUAUCUCCCUUGGAUCAACCCCCUUGGCCCUACACGACGGAUCCCGAAUCCUGCGUUGGCCCGCGACGAGAUCUUUGAGUCACGGGCACGGCGUAACAAUUUUGGUGGCAGCGGUGGGAUCUGUCUUUUUCACCGUAGUCCGGUUGUUGGUGGACACCUUGGUGGACUGGGCACGGCAGCAGGACCAAGACGAUCAACCCAAGGGAACAGCGUGGCCGAAAACAACGCAGAAACUAGAAGUGCGAAAAGUGAAAGUGAGAAGAGAAAAUAAAACCUCCACGAGGAAGCGGUCCAGUCAAGGCAGUUCGAGCAAUAAGCAGCUGAGAAAGUCCGACGGAGCACAACGACCAAGCAGAGUCAGCGAAAUCCGAGCAAGGGCCACUGCACAGCGAGAACGGACGUGACCUACCUCACCACGAAGCACUGGGCAGCGAGCAACGCAACACCAUGCGAGCGAGCGUAUUAAUGUAAGUCGAAAUAAAGACACAUUAGUAAAAUAAAAGCGAAUGUCCGAAAGACGCGAAGGACACGGUUUUCCAUAUUGGCUAGGCAGUAAUCCGAGUCAAAACGACCCCAGUUUACAACCGAAUCAAUCCUGGUUGUUAAGCGACCAAGGACGACGCGCAAUAAACACCUUGAGUAACCCCGAGAGGGAACCGCGCGAAACACCGCGAGAAUUCGUAGUAAACGAUAGAGACGAAAGCGUCGCGAACGUCGACGAAAACGUUGAAACAACGCGAGAAUAUUCUUUCCGCGAAUUAGAUAACAGCUUAAUAUCCGGAGUAAGCGAGGAUUCGCGCCAGGAUAGGCCUACAACCACGAGGCCAUUGAGUAGAAUAUCGGAGCGCACUGAGACUGCAUCGACUACGUACGAUAGUAGUAUCUUUGAUCCGCGAGAAUUAAACAACGAAAUAACAAUGGCACAACCGCCAAACGACGUAACCGCACGAAUUGAGGACGGAGAGCCUCCGCGGCGACAGAUCAACAUAGACGGGAAUGUGACCAAUGCCACAAACGACAUACAAGAGAAUUUAAUAGAGACACAGAUCGGAGUGCUAACAGACGCGAUAAACGAGAUGCGAGCGCAAACGCAAGUGCUGCAAGAACAUUUACAUGAACAGAUACUUAACUUGCACGAACGAUUUAACGCACAAAUAUACGGUAUACAAGGGUAG